GACAUCGUCGUCUCUCUGUUUAUUUUUAAUGGUCGGUGAAGAACCGUGAUUUGCUCAUAUCAGGACAAACAAAAAGAAGCACUCCUCAAUCUCUCAAUUUUCAAUCUCAAUCUUCCCGUUAUUACCGCCACGUGUUUCUCCCUUUCUGUCUCCCUUUUCUUUUGUCUCUUCUCGUCUUCUCUCUAAAAAUCUGAAUAUCUGAGAGUCGAACGAACAAUAAACUCCCAACAAUCGAAACAGAGACCCAUUCUUUCGAUUUUCCCCCAUCGCUAUGUGGGUCAGUGCUGCUUUUCGAAUCUGAAAACUAAGCUUGGCCAGAAGGAGCAAUGUUAUUUACACCCACGAUGUUUAGUUCUUGGCUUGGAAGAGAUGUGAAGAAGAUUCUCAAACGCAAAGACAGUGAUGCUGGUGAAAAAGGAAAAGCUCUCGAGGACUUGCGAGCAUCCUUAUUCAACAAAUUCCGUUCACCGGAAACUCCAAAGAGACAGCAGCAACAACAGACACACCGUAUAUGUGGUCCAACCGUUGCUCUCACUUUCAAUUUCUUCGUUGCAAUCAGCAUUAUCUUCAUGAACAAAUGGGUGCUUAAAAACAUAGGCUUUGAGUUUCCAGUGUUCCUCACAUUCAUCCACUACAUUGUAGCUUUUAUACUAAUGGCUCUUCUCAAAUCGUUUUCCCUUCUUCCUGCUGCACCACCUUCCUCCAAAUCAUCGUCUAUCUCGCUCUACACUCUUGGCAUUGUAAUGUCACUCUCUACAGGACUCGCUAAUGUUAGCCUCAAGUAUAACAGUGUUGGAUUCUACCAGAUGGCGAAAAUCGCAGUUACGCCUUCUAUCGUGUUUGCAGAGUUCUUGUGGUAUAGAAAGAGAGUUUCUUUCAUGAAGGUGGUUGCACUUACAGUUGUAUCUGUGGGAGUUGCGGUUGCGACUGUAACAGAUCUACAGUUUAGUCUGUUUGGUGCUUGUGUGGCAUUAGCUUGGAUCAUACCGAGCGCAACCAACAAAAUCUUGUGGUCUAAUAUGCAACAACGAGAGAACUGGACCGCUUUAGCGUUGAUGUGGAAGACGACGCCAAUUACUCUGUUGUUUCUAGUAUCGAUGAUUCCGUUCUUGGAUCCACCAGGCGCUUUAUCGUUUGAUUGGAGUCUUGCAAAUACAUCAGCCAUCUUUUUUUCCGCUUUUCUCGGAUUUUUUCUUCAAUGGUCUGGAGCCUUAGCUCUCGGAGCAACUUCUGCAAUUACGCACGUGGUUCUAGGACAAUUCAAGACUUGUGUCCUCCUCCUUGGAAACUUUUACAUUUUUGGAUCGAAUAGUGGUGUGAUUAGCGUUUGCGGUGCGAUUGUGGCGAUUAUGGGGACUUCGUUAUAUACUUACCUUAACACGAGAGGCCAAUCUCUUAUUGCUUCGUCUUCUCCUUCAGACAAGAAGUCAAGACUCAGUGAUCUUAAAGAUGACAAGGAUCUUGAACCUUACGGCUCCGAAGCGGUUUAGUCUUAGUCUUGAACAUAUUUUCUAAUAUUUUUUAGUAUAGUUUUUAGUUAAUUUAUUCCACGUUCGCUACUACUUAUUAGAAUUUCUAGUUUCAACUUUUUGUUUUCCUUUUCUGUGUCGAUUCUAAUUUCUAAUUUUUAUAUCCCUGAAAAUAAACAAUU